AUGGGAGCAUCCGGGUCCAAAGCAGCGCAACGGACGGUUCGCAAGUUCCCCUCACGCGCACCGGGGUCAUCGCCAGCCGCGACCACGAACCCAAUGACGAGGCCAGCGCGGCGACCACCACCAGCCCCCUCAGAAGAUGUCCAACCGAGGUCUCAGCGGCAGGCUUUUUACACCAAAGAUGACGCAAUCCGUGCCGACUCGACGGACCCCGAUGGUACCGAACUCAGCCCCGACUUCGCCGCCCGGCUCCAGAAAAUGGGCAUUGUGCAACCCAACCCGACGUAUUCGCCGUCGUCCAUAGCAUCCCCAUUUCCCGAUGUGUCCGGAAUUCGCCAGUCGGUGUCGACGCCGCAGUAUCCGGCUUCAUCGAACAACGCAACUCUGGGAGUCCUCGAGGUACGGCGGCAGCUUGAGGCCCGGGCAAGGGAAGAGCUCGAGAACACGGGCAAAUCAACCGACAAAGGGAGAGAGUUCUUGGAUAUUGGCACGAUCCGGCAGAUACUGGUGCUCCGACAAGGCGGCGCGUCACCAGCCGACAUCGAGGCGCGCCUGAGGCUGAAGCCUGGCGUUGUGGAAAGGUUCGGGCCGCAGGGUGUGGUUGCACCCGCAUCUUAA